UGUUCUCUGGUCGCUGUUAGCAUGGCCCAGAUGUGUGUGUCACCCUGAUGGGUACUCUGGUCAUCAUGGGCCCUCCUUGCUUGACAUUUGGAUCAAAACUCUCCCACUGAUCCCCCUCUUUCUACUUGCCCCCACCCAUGCUUCAGCCCUGAGGACGGGGCCCUCACAUCCCUGGAGCAGGUGCCAGGAGCGCCUUGACACAGCCUUGGUCUCUGGAACCCUGACUGUCAGGAUGAGCCUUCCCAGCAGCAGAUCCCCAGACACGGACAUUGGAAAGGCCACUCCAAGACCGCCCCAGCCAGGGCCCUAACUGCAAGCUCUGCUUCUGGAGGCAUUUGCCAGGCGCCAAAAACAUCUCCAGUGCUCCGUCCAGGAGCAGCCAAUGGAGAGGGCAGCCCGGCCCCCUCCUACUCUCCCCCAGCGGCAUCCAGCCUCCUGCCUCUCUCUUCCCUUCCUCCCUUCCUCCCUCUUGCCUGGGCCGCCUGCCUCAGAAGUGGGGACCCGGGAGGGUUGCAAGACGCCUGGUCUGCCCUGUGGGUCCUGGACGGAGCCCCCACUUCUACAAAGAUGACUUGGAGACAGGUCUUCCUGCUGUCUGGCUUCUCCGCCCUGGUGCUCAUGUCUAUGCUGCGAGAGGGAACCACGCAGGCGGCGGGAGAAGAGGCCAGUGAGGAUGCAAAACAGAAGAUUUUCAUGCAGGAAUCAGAUGCCUCGAAUUUCCUCAAGAGGCGUGGCAAGCGGUCCCCCAAGUCCCAAGAUGAGGUCAAUGCGGAAGGCAGGCAGGAGCUUCGGGCUGAUGAGCUGCGCAGAGAAUAUCAUGAGGAACAAAGGAAUGAAUUUGAGAACUUCGUGGAGGAACAAAAUGAUGAUUGUAAUGCUCCUGAGGAAAAUCACCUGGUACCUCCUGGGUGCACGUAAACUUGGAUGUGAGGCCUCGGUUUAGGUCACCUUUGUUGGAGAGUCAGCCCUUUGGGUUCUCCUGGCUGUUUGCUCUGAUGGACUGGGGAGGCAGCACCCUCGGAAGGCAUCUCUUAGUGAAAAGGAAACCAGCCCUGGGUACCAAGUGCUGCAGGCUAUGCCUAUGCCCACUGCCCUGCAGGUGGCACCUGGCUGAGCUCUGCAAACAGGUGUUGGGUUUGGAUCCUGGCAAAUCAAACUCUCUUAGGGACAUACUGGGAAAAAUUCCGGCCGUCACAGCUUGGAAGCACACACUUCUGCUAGAGAUGUGUUUAUCUUGGUGGGCAGCUUGGGGAGAGGCAUUUAAAAAUUGAAAAUGUGGCCUUCAAAAUUCCUUCAGUGUGUUUUCGACUCAUACUAUUUAAAAUAGCAUUUUAUUUUGAGCAGUUUUAAAUGUUUGAGGUCCAAAGCUCUGGCGCGUUGAUGGAAAAACAUUCACUGUUUCCCUUUUCAUGAUGAAUUUGGGAUGCAGGGUUGGGCGCCUGCAGGUCCUCUGACAGGACAGGAAGGCAGGAGACGCUAGGUCUCGCACACACAGAUGGAAAAAACACAGGUCUUUGGGGACUGAGGUUCCAGAAGCUGUUGUCCUUGAGCCCUUGCUCUGCCAGGCACUGUAAGGGACGACCUAAUCCUUACAACCUGCCUCUGAGACAGGCCUUGUAAUUUCCAGCCCACAGUUUCAAAAAUUGAGGCUUAGGCUGGGCACCGUAGCUCACACCUGUAAUCCCAGCAUUUUGGGAGGCCAAUGUGAGAGCAUUACUUGAAGCCAGGAG